AUGUUUACCCUUCCUCCCCCUCGGUCUCACCUUGCAAUUAUGGAAGGCUCUUCGUAGGCGUCAAUUGUAGUUUCUUGGCCACCGCGUUGGACAUGCUGCUGCCCUGCCGAAUCCUUUUAUCUCUUGCCCUUCUGGCGCCGCAGUUACCAAGUCAAUCGGCCGAUGCCUUCGCCGUUCCCUCUGCUGCUUCUCCUGCGGCAGCCUCUCCCCGGCCGAAGGCCCCUCGGCGAUUGCUGAUCCUCCCCGACGCUCGAGCCGACCUGUCGAAUCCUGACUCCUGGCACCACCAUCUGAAGGCAAACGUGGUGGUGGCCGACAAAGACGUGGAAGUGACCAUUGAAGACAUGCCUGACCCUUACUCGUUCAACACCAAGCGGUACGAAACCUUCUGGUUAAAUUUCAUGGCGGAUGAGCUGGCACUUGACCCUGGCACUCUGGUGGUCGCCCACGGCACAGCGGCGGACGCCGUUCUGCGCUUCGUCGAAAAGUAUGAAGUAUGGGGGGCCGUGCUCGUGUGCCCGGGCGGAGAGAUGUACCAUGCUGGCGAGAGGCAUGGGAGAGCUUACGUGUGGCCGGCGGUGCGGAGGGGCUGCCCAUGGCUCGCGAUCUUGCAUGGAAACGGGGACCCCAUAAUGGGGGACACCGAGGCCAGAAGGAUGAAGGGCGCCCUUGGCGUGCCCCUUCGGUUGUUCCGGGAGGCUGAUGGGGGUCAGCAGCGACUCAGAGAUCAUACAGGCAGUCUACCGGAGGUGGAAGAGCUUGUUCUGUCUGCGUUUUAACCUUGACUCCAUUUUUCGACCCAGGUUGAGCAUGUGAGACCAAUUACUUGAUGAUACCUGCUGGGAACAUCCUUGGGAACUUUUGAGAACAUGUUGCAACACUUGACGGUUCGUGACUUGGACGUGUUUCUGGAAAUCGUUGUUUCUCGAGGAGUCACGAGCCGUUGUGAAUAGACACAUUCGAUGUAAAGAUCGUUGGAAUUGACGUUGGAAAGAGAUCUAGCCUCUCUCAUGAUAUGCGGGCGUUGGGGCAACACAUGGUGAUUGAUAUGGACUUGUCCGCGAUGCCGAACUUGGGGUCACUCCGUGCAGUUAUUGGGCGAUGUUCUUCCUCGAAUAAGAUGCGGGGGGGUUGUUGCGGGGAGCCUUAUGUAGCAGGUUGGCCAUUGGCGUUUGAGAUGAUUUUACAACCGAAUAGACUAGUGCAAUUUAGUUGUGGUGUGAUGCGAAUCGAUGGUGUGUACAGACCUACAACAGUCUGGAGAGUUGUUGCAGUCACGCGCAUAAGCUAACGUGUCGGACGCUGCGUGGUGUUCUGGCCUUGAAAGAGUAGCCUUGUGGAGAACACGUGGGCCUGUUGAGCUGUUUUGGUAUGACUACGACGUUUACACCAAUUCUUUUUUGAUGCCCCGGGUCACACGAACAGCCUGCGUAAAUUUGAACCCCCACAAGGCAGCGAACAAGAAAGUAGAACCUCCUCUCUAACUGAACAGUUCAGUCUACCCUGUCUGCCAGUUACCCCGAAGCGCAAUGUUGUCACCGCGACAGACAGGAGCAUGGGUUCGCCCUCAAAGAGUACUCGUUUCAAUCUACCGCUAAGCAGUUGUAACUGAGAAAUGUAGAAGGAUCGACAAACAGAGAGACAGCGUUGGGGAGGACAUGCGAUUAUUUGCGUCUU